GCGAAACCGUUUCUAGCGUCGAACAGCGUUCACCGUGCCGCCUCUAUGCCAGGGAAGGAGCCGCUACGCACAGGCGCUUCUGCGCUCGCUGCAACGCGCCUUGUAGGCACCACCGCCGCCGCCGCCGCUCCCUAUUCGUCACGAGGCGCCCUUUCUUCUUCCCCCUCUUCCACUUCGGCUUUGUCUUCCCGCCUCGCAAAUGCAAGCGGCGCGGCUGGGAAGAGAGGACCGCCGUUUUCCUCGGCGCGGUCGGGGCUGUCAUCACCACCGCCGCCGCCACCACUCGAAGCACCAUCCCCGGCCUGCAGCGCCUGCGCCGCGUGCUGUAAAUCAUCGGAGGAAGUUGCCAGGGCCCUCUCGGCGGUGCUGGCGAACGCGAAGAGCUUGUUCCUCGACGACGUGGUGCAUCACUACAGCGGCGACGAGGCGUGGAUACGCGUGCUGCGCGCGCUUGGGUGGACGGAGGUGGACGUGCAGAAGCCUGCGGCACCGUCUGCCCCAGCGUAA